CUUCACUGUUUACGAUGGAAAUCAAGGAAGCCAACGUUCGAGCAAAGGCACCUAACAAAACAGACAAGUUUGUCUUAGCUACACAAAUCUGUUUGAGAAUUGCGGCGACUGCGACAGCAAUGGCCGCCGCAUGGGUGAUUUUCACUGCAAACCAAACUGUUGAAGUUCUCGGCAUGUCUUUUGAUGCUCGAUAUAGCUAUUCACCUGCUUUCAAGUUCUUUGCCUAUGCAAAUGCCAUUGCUUUCGGUUUCAGUUUGAUGUCGUUGUUCUUUAUGUUCUUUGCCCGCCAUGCCUUGACUGCUACUAUCUACUUCUUCUUCUUCCUACACGAUUUGAUGAUGAUGUCUCUGGUUCUUUCCGGUUUGGCGGCAGGGACGGCGAUCGGAAUGGUAGCACGUGACGGUAACGGCCACACUGGUUGGAUUAAAAUCUGCGACCGUUUCGAGAAAUUCUGCGACAAGGUGACCGUUUCAAUGGCACUGUCGUAUGUUGCAGUGGUUUGCUUGCUGGUGCUUACCGUCAUGUCGGCCGGCAAGUCUAGACAAAUCUAAAACGGGAUAUAAAUUUGGAGAAGAUGGGGUGAGGAUGAUGACUCAUAGUUUUGGUGGGUGAUGAUGAAAUUACUGAACUUUCAUCAUUAGUGGGUUGGUAUCUAUUAGCCUUAAGCGUGCAAGAAUAAGAGCGACAGAUAUUGUCGUUCAUACCAAUUAAAGUCGGGUUCUGAGGACUAUUUUGUGGGUAUGGGAUGUAAGCGGGCUGGGUUUCUGGAGCAAAAUUAAGCAAAUUUUAAGUCCAAAA